AUGGUAAAGUCACCUCCUCACCAAGAUCAACCCAAGAAGUUAGCGACCUGGAAACUAUUUCAACCAAAAUGGAAACGCAGAUUUUUUGUCUUGUUUAAGCCAGCCCGAAGCCUUCCUGGACAAUUUGUCCUGAACUACUAUGGUGAUGACCAGUGCCGGAAACGCAAAGGUUACAUAGACCUUGAUCAGUGUGAACAGAUUAUUGAAUCCUUGGAUGUAGGGGAAUAUAAAUUUGUAUUGUCAAUCAAGACCAUCCAUAAGGGCAGAGAAAGGGUUUACUUUUUGGCCACUGAUACAGAAGAAGAUAUGACCACUUGGGUACAGAAUUUGUGUCAUGCCUGUGGCAUGAAACAAGAAGAAAACCCACCAGAUCUCCCUCAACCUCCCCGACCGCCAAUGCGGUCUGAUUCCGUUCGCUACCCACAAGGGAACAGUGCUGUGACCAUGCAGCCAAAUAAAUAUCAAAGUUCUCAGAAAACACCUGUCAACCAACCAGAUUCCCCUUACCUUUUUAUAUCGCAGUGCCGUUCAGGGGAUAAUCGCCGGCAAAGUGUUGACAGUGUGCCUGAGGAGCCUGCACCUCCACCACCUCCAGCAAAACCCAACCUGUCAGGAGAGGUUAUUAAUGAUGAUCACUAUGACCAUCCAAAAUCACCCGAUAUGAACAACAGUGAAGAUGAUGGAGUGUAUAAAAUGCUUCCUAGUAGGAAUUUAACCUGGAAUAACGGAGAUGUGACUAUGUAUGAUGUCCCACCGCCUGCUCGAAAUGGUUUUAGCAGGGACCGCUAUUCUUCAGAGAGAUCGUCUUCAGAAAUGAAAGAUGUUUUCUAUGAUGUCCCGCCUCGGAAAAUGGACUCUUUGUGUUAUGAUACUCCAAGGGUAAGGACACAAUCUGCUGACACGAAAACUCCUGUACGACCCCAACGACAUAUAUCAAACUCUGAGGCUUACCAGAAUUUACCAUUCAACAGUAAAUGCUAUAGCAAUACUUCCUCCUCCCCAUCUUCAACUUCAAGUCUACGCGGGUACCCACAGAGGUCAAUCAGUCAUAAUUGGAAGUCUUCUACCAUGGAACGGGAAAGCAUUAAUUUAGGUUUGUGCCUGCCCCCUCCACCUGUCUGUGGGUCGAGGGAUGAUCAACCUUCACAUGGAUAUGUAAAUGCACCUGUUGUAGGUCCAAAUUCAGGCUCUCUCAGUCCAGAUAAUCCAGAUGAGAUUUAUGUACCUAUGGAGGGUCCAACUUCGGAAGCAAGCUCCUCCCGUACUGGGAGGACAGGUGGGGAGAAAGCUUACACAGAUAUGACUGAAUGUGUUGGUACAAAUGAAAGUGUUUACACAGACAUGUCCAAACCAGGCCCCUGUAUUGGCAAGGACUCACUGUGGUCAACACAAACUCAAGCAGAUACAUACAGUAUUUUUGGAACAGAGAAAACCAAAAGCUUUAAAAAAGUUCCCAGUAAAACGGAUGAUUGUACUGCAUCACAAAUUAGUUUUAAUUCUCUGAGAACUCAACCAAAAUUGCCACGGAAAAAACAAGCACCUUUACCUGAUGGCUCUUCCUCUUCAGAAGAUGAUGGGGAAUCAACAGGGGGUUUGAAAAAAAUAUUGCAAAUGGCACCCCCUGCUCCAGGAAAAACAGAUUGUGGAGAACUGAAAUAUUUGGACUUGCGGCUUGAUGACAAUGCAGACACACCAAGCGGUCCCCCACCCUCAUGUGAAUAUCGGGAAAUUGAUUUUGUUAAGACGAACGCUUUGAGGAAUGUAACAAAUGCCAGAGUUCUUGAAUAA